AUGACCGGCCGCACCGAGAAGCGACGCGACCGCGACCGCGACGACUCGGCCGUCGUGGCCACCGGCGGUCCCACCGCGGCCGCUCCCGCAUCGCCCGAGAGCCCCUCGACCGAGCGCCGGAAGACGGUCUCGGGUCCGAUCAAGUCCGCCGCGUCGCCGCCGCCGCCGGCCACGAUCAGGGCUUUGGCCGUCCCGCGAUCGCCGCACGAUGACAGCUCCGACUCAGACUCGGACAGCAGUCCUGCUGCGAUGGCCGUGGCCCAGCUGCCGCCGCUUCUCUCGCUGGCGGGCGGCGCGCCGCUGCCGCCGCCGCUGGUCUCUCUGCCCUCGCCACUCGGGGGCCACGGCAGCCCCAACAGCGGCGGGCACUCGCGGAUGAUGUCGGAGAGCCAGGAGGGGGUCGAUAGCGGCGGCGAGUCGUCGGACGACCCGAGCGCGCUCGACCGGGAGCACUAUCAGUGGGACCAGCGCUACAGCUCCAUGGGCUCCCCCAAGUCGCCCAAUGCUACGUCGAAGAGUGCGUCGGAUCUGCCGAAGGUGGAGGGCGUUGCGGAGGCGACCACGAAGAUGUCGCGCACGAUAUCGAUCACGUUUGGCGAGAAGCUGUCCAAGUGGAAGGAGGGCGAAAGGAAGGAGACCAAGCGCAACAAGAAGGGAUCGCCUCUUGCUGUCGACGCGUCGUCGUCGCCCCGCAACGAUAAAGCGCAUCAUACGCCCAACACGACGCGAUCACCGGUCGACAGCCCCACGGAAAAGAAGUUGUCCAAGACCCAGAGGAGUGACAGUAUGGGCAACUUGUUCGAAACCGCAUCCGCAGCGCUGGCGCGCUCUGGCGAGCACCAGUACCGACCGCGCAGCAGCACGGUCAGCCCAGAAACGAUGGGGCCGCUGGCGGUCGCCGCCGCGAAUGAAGCGGCGGACGAGGACGCGCGGGCCGCGGCGGCGGCGAAGGCCGAGGCGCUCCGGGUCGAGGAGCGGCGCCUGACCGAGCUGAUACGUCGGAAGUGGGCUCCGGACAGCAUCAGCCCCGCCUGCCUGGCCGACAUCGUGCUCGUUCAGGCGCGAGUCAGGCGCUGGUGCGCUCGAAGACUGCGAAAGCGGUUGUUGGUGGCGAACGAGUUCUCGGUCACCGAGAAGAACUACGUUCAGAUUCUGGGCCUCGUUGUAAAUAUCUUCCUGAAGCCUCUGUCCCAGCAGAAGGGGCUGCUGGACCCGAAGCACACCAGCGGCAUCUUUUCCGAUGUUGAGUUGCUGUACAUGCACCAUCAGCGGCUGUACUCGUGCCUGCAAAAGCGGAUCAAAGACUGGGAGCUCUUUGCCAAGCGCGGAAUCGGCGACAUCAUCCUUAACGAGACCGAUUUCCUGAAGCUGUACUCGACGUACGUCAAUAACUAUCCGACGGCCAUGCAGACGCUGCACCAGCUCCAGGCGGAGAACCCGCAGUUUGCGCAGUGCGAGGAGAAGCCCGAGUGCAGCUACCAGGACCUCCACUCGCUCCUCAUCCAACCCAUUCAACGCAUCCCCCGCUACGAGAUGCUUUUGUUGGAUUUGCUGAGGAAGACGUCCAAGUCGGACAAGGGCUACGAUGUACUGGAGCAGGCGGUGGAGAAGAUCAAGGACGCGGCCGAGUUCAUCAACGAGGGCAAGCGCGAGCACGAAAACAUGGACCUCCUGCUCCGGCUCGAGAAGCAGCUCUCCGGCCGCCGAGAUCUGAAAUUGGCAACGCCUGGCCGACGGUUCAUCCGCGAGGGCAAGGUGGAGAUGCGCAUCGGGCGCACAAACCAAGAGCGAGUGCUGCUGCUGUUCAACGACAUGUUUAUUGUGGCGAAGAAGCAGAAGGAGGAGAAGAAGCGAGAGGAGAGGAGGCGGGCCGACAGCAGGCAGUCACGUCUGCCUCCGUCGCUGGGUCCGCAGGGGCUGGGCAGCGACAGCAGCACCUACGUCAUCAAGGAGACCGAACCUUUGGCCCAGUGCAAAACCGUGGCACCCGUCAAUGAUGGCGGGAAGCCGGCGUUGGCGAUCACGACAGUGAAGAAGAAGUAUCAGAUGGCAGUUGAGAGCGAUAAGAUACGCAGCAUGUGGCUGGAGGCCCUGUUGGACGCCGUCACGCAGUGGCACACGGCCGAGGCGCUCGGCAAGCAAGUGUGGACCGGUCCAUCCACGCCCAGCGGGCAGCGACGAAGGAAAGACACCGCCACUACCCCGCUUUGA